AUGGCUCCUGGAAUCUCAGUUCGUGUGCCGCUCGCCGCCAGGAACGAGACCUCGGUCGCGGCGUCCGGGGCGAUGGCCGUGAGCACAUUAGCAGUUGUAGGUGCUGGCAUAGGCGGCUUUUACACUGUCAACGGUGUUACAGCGCCUAUUGCAGCAGGCGCAUCUGUUGUCGCCGGCUCAGCACCUUCGAACCCGAAUGAUCCACCAAAGUCUAACGAUCCCGAAUCGGAACCACCAGCCAGCACCACCAGUUCGGAGCUACCGACUUCCAGUACAUCGUCGUCCGCAGUUCCAAGCGCUACAAGCGCAGACUACAUCAUCUUCGCCAAGGAAAACACUGACAAGGCUGACGGCGAUGGCUUCAGUAACACCCUGGCAGGGCUGGUCGGCGCAGACAACAUGGUCACCAUUGUAAAUGAUGCCGACAUCCCCUUCAUCUGGCGCGCAGACCUCACUGCCGACCAACUUGAAAAGGUCAAGGCCGACCGCGUCAUCGCCAGAGCCGACAUCAACCGCCCUCUUACACGCGACGAUCCAGAGCCGGAUAAGACCCAGUCGUCGGCUACUCGGCGGAAGCGUGCAGAGAUCGCGCAGAGCCCGAUCCGCAACAACGGCAUCUUUGACCUGCGUACACUUUCGACGCCGCCGAAACAAAAAGACGUACUCCCCGAUUAUCGAUACGACGACUUUGCCGGCCACGGCAUCACCGUGUACGUCGUCGACACCGGCCCAUUCGACCUGCAGCACGAGGAGUUCACCGCGCCCAGCACCGACAUCACCCGCCGGGAGUUGAACGUCGCCAGAAACAAGAGGUUCAGUCUGAAGGAUACCCAACACGGGACGUGCGUGGCUUCCAAAGCUGUCGGUGUAACAACGGGAGUAGCAAAGCGCGCAAACCUCGUCGGCGUGCGCAUCGAUUUUACCGAGUUCGGUCUGCUCCGCGGUCUCCAGGCCGCCGCCAACGAAAUCAAGCAAAAGGGGCUCAAAGGCAAGGCAGUUGUCACCACAUCCAUCCUCAUGAGGGCGCCUAACACCAUCUACACCACCUCGAUGCGCAGCGUCAUUAGGGGCUUGAUCAGCUUGGAUGUCCCCGUUGUCGCGGCUGCUGGAAACAAGUUCCGGGACGGCCUCGCAGAGCCAGACAAGUUGCCAGCAGUCAUGGCCAAGGAGUUCCCCGUCAUCGUGGUAGGCUCGGCCGGGACGGAUUUCAAAAUUGCUCCGACAAGCAAGCGCGGUAAUCUUGUCACGACGUAUGCCAUCGGCGCCAACAUCAAGUGCGCGGACCCUCUCGACCAGACGGGUCUCGCGACAGACUCGGGCACUUCUUUCGCCGCACCUCAAGUUGCAGGUAUGGUGGCCUACUGGAUGUCACAUCCAGAGUUUGCUGCCGGCUUACCACCAGGCUCGGUGGCUAAGACGCUCCGCAACAUGAUAGCAACCCCCGAAACGCCGACGUGUAAUUUGUGUGGUGCCGAAUUUUCCAGUGACAAGGCUGGCAACCUGGGGGGGCAGGUUGGCUGCGCAGAUGCUGAGGUAGCCGGGAGCGCGUGCGCAGCCAACGAUGGCUGUAAAUCUUGGGCUUUUGGCAAUGAGGACCGGGGCACAUACAAUAUUCCUGUGUGUCUUCUCUUUGAUCAAUUGGCAACACAAAUUGUCAGCCAGGCACCGCCAGACGCAGAGGGAAAAUGCCCCUUCAGAUACAACGAUAAGGCUUGCCCUGUAUCUUAA